AUGUUGAAAAUUAGUUUCAGUGAAUAUUCGAAAUUUCCAAAAUCCUUAAACGAUACGAAACAAUUGGGUAGUGUUUUGCUGAAAUACAAAGAAAAACAUUAUUAUGAUGUUCUUCUACGAAUUUCUACUAUAUAUAUAUUAUUACAAUCUUUUGCUAUACCCGGUUCAGUAUUUUUUACUAUGCUGUCUGGUUAUCUAUUUAAUGUACCGAUAGCUUUAUCUUUGGUCUGCACGUGUUCUGCAUGUGGCGCAACAAUUUGUUACUGUAUUUCAAAUUGUCUUGGUCGUCAUCUUAUUUUAAAAUGGUUUCCAGGAUAUGUGAAAAAAUAUCAAGAUUAUAUUGCUUCUUGUGGCGACAACUUGUUUUUUUAUUUAGUUUUUCUUCGAAUAACACCUUUUUUACCAAAUUGGUUCAUCAAUGUUGCUUCACCGAUUGUAGGAGUCCCUCUACGAUCGUUUUUUAUUGCUACGCUAAUUGGCGUGGCACCGCCAUCAAUAGUCAUAAUUUCUGCAGGCACAGCUUUACAAGCACUGACCAGUGUGACUGCGGCAUGGUCCUGGAAAUCAGUUGUGAUGGUCAUUUUAUGUGCACUUUUUUCUUUGGCACCUAUUGGUUAUCAAAAAUUCAAAUCAAUGGAAAAGCAAAAAAUAAUCUAA